AUAAUUAUUUCAUAUUAAAUUACUUAAAAUUUCUUGAAAACUAUAUAGUAAUAUAAUAAAUUUAAUGAAUUAAACUAGACAGAAAGAGAUUCUUUCAAUUCCGGUAUCCCAAACGCGGCCCAAGGCGAUGGUUGGUGAAACUCAUACCCAGGCCCGCCUGUUGCAUGAAUCCUUGCACAGAUUUUGAAUACAAACGCGUAGCGAAUUGGCGAAUUGAAGAUCUGAGAGGAGAAGAAGCUGAGAAUUCGAAACAUUUAAUAACGAAAAUAAGAAAAGCAAAAGCAAAUUACUACACGAAGCCGGUAAUUUCAUGGAAGGUUUAAUGAGUGCACGAGUCGCCUCACUUCAUACAAAUCACAUACGGCAUUACUGUCCUUCUAUUUCUAUAUUUACGCCGCAACUAACAAAAAAAUCAUAUAGUAGUUUUGUUGCGAUGAAGAAAGAUCCCAAAUCAUUUAAUUCCGUUGCUGCAUCAGUUCAACCUUUAGAAGCCUCGUCGUUAGGCCGAUUCAACAACACGCUACCAUCCAAAGAGGUUCUUGAGCUGUGGCGAAAUGCGGAUGCUGUAUGCUUUGAUGUGGAUAGCACUGUGUGCCUAGAUGAAGGCAUUGAUGAACUUGCAGAAUUUUGUGGAGCUGGAAAGGCUGUUGCAGAAUGGACUGCUAGAGCAAUGAAUGGAUCUGUACCCUUUGAGGAGGCCUUGGCUGCUAGGCUGUCUCUAUUUAACCCAUCCCUAUCACAGGUGCAGGAUUUCCUUGAGAAAAGGCCACCAAGGAUUUCUCCUGACAUGGAUGAAUUGGUCAAGAAGCUGAAGGCUAAUAAUGCCAAUGUUUAUUUGAUCUCUGGAGGUUUUCGUCAAAUGAUCAAUCCUGUUGCAUCAAUCCUUGGGAUUCCACCUGAUAACAUUUUUGCCAAUCAACUGCUGUUUGGAGGCUCUGGGGAGUUCUCAGGGUUUGAUACUAGUGAGCCUACUUCAAGGAGUGGAGGGAAAGCUACUGCAGUUCAACAUAUAAGGAAGGCUCAUGGGUACCGGGCUUUAGUCAUGAUUGGAGAUGGUGCUACUGAUCUUGAGGCCCGUAAACCAGGAGGUGCUGACUUGUUUAUUUGCUAUGCUGGAGUUCAACUUCGAGAGGCUGUUGCAGCAAAAUCUGAUUGGCUGGUGUUUAGUUUUAGAGAUCUAAUGAAUGCCUUGGAAUAGCUUCUGUUUUUUGGCAUUUUUCUUUAAUAUUAUCUUGGUGGGUUGCCCAGGGCACCUGCAUUUCAUAGUUAUAUUCUUGCCAUUUGUUGUAAUUGUUAUUAUUUGUCUUUAUCAUGUCAUGGAUUGUGAAAAAAAUAAAAUAAAACAUGAGAGAAUAAAUGAAGUGUGAGCAUUUGAUAUCA